AUGUCAUCAAAAAUUACUCAGAACUCUAAAGUCUUGGAAGGAUUUAUUCCAGGAAAUAAAUCAAAUCGUAAUUACGACGUGCCUAAAGAUCCAAGAAAAUGGACGGUUAAUAGUGCUAUUCAGAAUAAAGUUCGUAAUGAUGUAUAUUUUGUUGAUCUAGAAGAGACGAACGUUCCAUUUCUUGAUAAGAUUCUGAGUGGAGAAUUUGUGACUUUAUAUGGUGCAAGGGCCUCCGGAAAAUCUACACGGGUGUUUCAAGCUAUGGAAAAGUUGAAAAGCCAAGGCAUUGUUUGCAUUUAUGUAACUUUUGAGCAUUUUAACUUGGAAACUAAAGACAGAUUCUGGUUGUCAAUGGGUACCGCACUUAACAUUAAUUCACCCAAAUACUUCGGAAAUGCUAUCCAUUCAUAUUUAAUGCCAAAACUCGAUGAAAACAGAAGGCUUGGCUUCUCAACCUGGUUAAACUUUGUUAUCAGUUAUAUGCAAGAUACGAUAUUUGAUUAUAGCACCUUCAGAAAGAUGGUUACUACACUUAAAAAGAAAGAAACCAGGCCUGCUAUAGAACUUCUUCGAUCUGUUUUCCUAGGAUUUUUCGAUUUUGUGCCAAUCAAUGACCCUGAAGAAAAAAGACUAGCAGAAUUCUUGACAGCUGAGGGGGUGCUAAUGAGGGAUGAAAUGAAAAAGAAUAAUUUUAGAAUGUCAUCUAUUUUUACAGAUGAUCUGAUUCGGCAACAAGUUAUUCCUGUUUUAUACAAGUCCGCCCCGACAUGUGCAAUUCCCCUAAAAAAAAAUGACUUUCCGGAUACUCUCAAGAUUUUGCAGACGGCCAUACAGUUUUUUGAUAAGGGCAUGAUUUCUAAUGGAUUCAUUAGGUCAUUUAAAAGUUCAG